AAGUCGUCCUGAAGUCGAUCAUGAAGGCGAUGAUCCCUUUGCUGCAGAUCGGCCUCCUCCUAUUUUUUGCAAUCCUUAUUUUUGCAAUCAUAGGGUUAGAAUUUUAUAUGGGAAAAUUUCAUACCACCUGCUUUGAAGAGGGGACAGAUGACAUUCAGGGUGAGUCUCCAGCUCCAUGUGGGACAGAGGAACCUGCCCGCACUUGCCCCAAUGGGACCAAAUGUCAGCCCUACUGGGAAGGGCCCAACAAUGGGAUCACCCAGUUCGACAACAUCCUAUUUGCAGUGCUGACUGUUUUCCAGUGCAUCACCAUGGAAGGGUGGACUGAUCUCCUCUACAAUAGCAAUGAUGCCUCAGGGAACACUUGGAACUGGUUGUAUUUCAUUCCCCUCAUCAUCAUCGGCUCCUUUUUUAUGCUGAACCUCGUGCUGGGUGUGCUAUCAGGGGAGUUUGCCAAAGAAAGGGAGCGGGUGGAAAACCGGCGUGCUUUUCUGAAGCUGAGGCGGCAACAACAGAUUGAACGCGAGCUCAAUGGGUACAUGGAAUGGAUCUCAAAAGCAGAAGAGGUGAUCCUCGCUGAGGAUGAAACCGACGGGGAGCAGAGGCAUCCUUUUGAUGCUCUGCGGAGAGCCACCAUAAAGAAAAGCAAGACAGACUUGCUGAACCCCGAGGAGGCUGAGGAUCAGCUGGCCGAUAUUGCCUCUGUGGGGUCUCCCUUUGCCCGAGCCAGCAUUAAAAGUGCCAAGCUGGAGAACUCGACUUUUUUUCACAAAAAGGAAAGGAGGAUGCGUUUCUACAUCCGCCGCAUGGUCAAAACUCAGGCCUUCUACUGGACUGUGCUCAGUCUGGUAGCCCUCAACACGCUGUGUGUUGCUAUUGUUCACUACAACCAGCCCGAGUGGCUCUCCGACUUCCUUUACUAUGCAGAAUUCAUUUUCUUAGGACUCUUUAUGUCCGAAAUGUUUAUAAAAAUGUACGGGCUUGGGACGCGGCCUUACUUCCACUCUUCCUUCAACUGCUUUGACUGUGGGGUUAUCAUUGGGAGCAUCUUCGAAGUCAUCUGGGCCGUCAUAAAACCCGGCACAUCCUUUGGAAUCAGCGUGUUACGAGCUCUCAGGUUAUUGCGUAUUUUCAAAGUCACAAAGUACUGGGCAUCUCUCAGAAACCUGGUCGUGUCUCUUCUCAACUCCAUGAAAUCCAUCAUCAGCCUGUUGUUUCUACUUUUCCUGUUCAUCGUCGUCUUUGCCCUUUUAGGAAUGCAGCUCUUCGGCGGCCAGUUUAAUUUUGAUGAAGGGACUCCUCCCACCAACUUCGACACUUUUCCAGCAGCAAUAAUGACGGUGUUUCAGAUCCUGACAGGCGAGGACUGGAACGAGGUCAUGUACGAUGGGAUCAAGUCUCAGGGGGGCGUGCAGGGCGGCAUGGUGUUCUCCAUCUAUUUCAUUGUCCUGACGCUCUUCGGGAACUACACUCUCCUGAAUGUGUUCUUGGCCAUCGCUGUGGACAAUCUGGCCAACGCCCAGGAGCUCACCAAGGACGAGCAAGAAGAAGAAGAGGUAGCCAACCAGAAACUCGCCCUACAGAAAGCCAAAGAGGUGGCCGAAGUGAGUCCUCUGUCUGCGGCCAACAUGUCCAUAGCUGUGAAGGAACAACAGAAAAAUCAGAAGCCAGCCAAGUCCGUGUGGGAGCAGCGGACCAGCGAGAUGCGGAAACAGAACCUGCUGGCCAGCCGGGAGGCCCUGUACAGUGAGAUGGACCCCGACGAGCGCUGGAAGGCCACCUACGCCCGCCACCUGCGGCCCGACAUGAAGACCCACCUGGACCGGCCGCUGGUGGUGGAUCCGCAGGAAAACCGUAACAACAACACCAACAAGAGCCGGGCCGCCGAGCCCACGGUGGACCAGCGCCUCGGCCAGCAGCGCGCCGAGGACCUGCUCAGGAAACAGUGCCAGGCACUGGAGAAGUUUGGGACACAGCCCCUCAGUGCCCGAGUUGUACCCGUGAAUGAGAAUCAGGGCUCCGGGGUCCCCGUGUCGGGCCCCAACCUGUCGACCACCCGGCCGAUCCAGCAGGACCUGGGCCGCCAAGAUCCGCCGCUGGCCGAGGACAUUGACAACAUGAAGAACAACAAGCUGGCCACUGCGGAGCCGGCCAGUCCCCACGACAGCCUCGGCCUGCCCCAGAGCCCGGCUAAGAUGGGGAACAGCACCGACCCAGGCCCCACUCCGGCCCUACCCGCCACAGCCACCAACCCCCAGAACGCCGCCAGCCGCCGGACACCCAACAACCCGGGGAACCCCUCCAACCCCGGCCCCCCUAAGACCCCCGAAAACAGCCUUAUAGUCACCAACCCCAGCAGCACCCAGACCAACUCAGCUAAGACUGCCAGGAAACCUGACCACACCACGGUGGACAUCCCCCCAGCCUGCCCGCCCCUCAACCACACCGUCGUCCAAGUGAACAAAAACGCCAACCCAGACCCACUGCCAAAAAAAGAGGAAGAGAAGAAGGAGGAGGACGACCCUGGGGAAGACGGCCCCAAGCCCAUGCCCCCCUACAGCUCCAUGUUUAUCCUGUCCACGACCAACCCCCUUCGCCGCCUGUGCCAUUACAUCCUGAACCUGCGCUACUUUGAGAUGUGCAUCCUCAUGGUCAUCGCCAUGAGCAGCAUUGCCCUGGCCGCUGAGGACCCUGUGCAGCCCAAUGCACCGCGGAACAAUGUGCUGCGAUACUUUGACUACGUUUUUACAGGCGUCUUUACCUUUGAGAUGGUGAUCAAGAUGAUCGACCUGGGGCUUGUCCUGCAUCAGGGUGCCUACUUCCGCGACCUCUGGAACAUUCUCGACUUUAUAGUGGUCAGUGGGGCCCUGGUGGCCUUUGCCUUCACUGGCAAUAGCAAAGGAAAGGACAUCAACACGAUUAAAUCCCUCCGAGUCCUCCGGGUGCUACGACCUCUUAAAACCAUCAAGCGGUUGCCAAAGCUGAAGGCCGUGUUUGACUGUGUGGUGAACUCGCUCAAAAACGUCUUCAACAUCCUGAUCGUCUACAUGCUCUUCAUGUUCAUCUUCGCCGUGGUGGCUGUGCAGCUCUUCAAGGGAAAGUUCUUCCACUGUACUGAUGAGUCCAAGGAGUUUGAGAAAGACUGUCGUGGCAAGUACCUCCUCUACGAGAAGAACGAGGUGAAGGCACGAGACCGAGAGUGGAAGAAAUAUGAUUUCCAUUACGACAACGUGCUCUGGGCCCUGCUGACCCUGUUCACCGUGUCCACGGGAGAAGGCUGGCCACAGGUCCUCAAGCACUCAGUGGACGCCACCUUUGAGAACCAGGGCCCCAGCCCCGGGUACCGUAUGGAGAUGUCCAUUUUCUACGUCGUCUACUUUGUGGUGUUCCCCUUCUUCUUUGUCAAUAUCUUUGUGGCCUUGAUCAUCAUCACCUUCCAGGAGCAAGGAGACAAGAUGAUGGAGGAAUACAGCCUGGAGAAGAAUGAGAGGGCCUGCAUCGACUUCGCCAUCAGUGCCAAGCCUCUGACCCGACACAUGCCCCAGAACAAGCAGAGCUUCCAGUACCGCAUGUGGCAGUUCGUGGUGUCUCCGCCUUUUGAGUACACCAUCAUGGCCAUGAUCGCCCUCAACACCAUCGUGCUUAUGAUGAAGUUCUAUGGGGCAUCGGUUGCUUAUGAAAAUGCUCUGAGGGUGUUUAACAUCGUCUUCACCUCCCUCUUUUCUCUGGAAUGUGUGCUGAAAGUCAUGGCUUUUGGGAUUCUGAAUUAUUUCCGCGAUGCCUGGAACAUCUUCGACUUUGUGACUGUUCUGGGCAGCAUCACCGACAUCCUUGUGACAGAGUUUGGGAAUCCGAACAACUUCAUCAACCUGAGCUUUCUCCGCCUUUUCCGAGCUGCACGGCUCAUCAAACUCCUCCGUCAGGGUUACACCAUCCGCAUUCUUCUCUGGACCUUCGUGCAGUCCUUCAAGGCCUUGCCAUAUGUCUGUCUGCUGAUUGCCAUGCUUUUCUUCAUCUACGCCAUCAUCGGGAUGCAGGUGUUUGGCAACAUCGGCAUCGACGUGGAGGAUGAAGACAGUGAUGAAGAUGAGUUUCAAAUCACUGAGCACAAUAACUUCCGGACCUUCUUCCAAGCCCUCAUGCUGCUCUUCCGGAGCGCCACUGGGGAAGCCUGGCACAACAUCAUGCUUUCCUGCCUCAGUGGGAAGCCAUGUGAUAAGAACUCUGGCAUCCUGACUCCCGAGUGUGGCAAUGAGUUUGCUUAUUUUUACUUCGUGUCCUUUAUCUUCCUCUGCUCCUUUCUGAUGCUGAACCUUUUUGUCGCCGUCAUCAUGGACAACUUCGAGUACCUCACCCGAGAUUCCUCCAUCCUGGGCCCCCACCACCUUGAUGAGUACGUGCGUGUCUGGGCCGAGUAUGACCCUGCAGCUUGGGGCCGCAUGCCUUACCCGGACAUGUAUCAGAUGCUGAGACACAUGUCUCCGCCCCUGGGUCUGGGGAAGAAGUGUCCGGCCAGAGUGGCUUACCAGAGGCUUCUGCGGAUGGACCUGCCUGUCGCAGAUGACAACACUGUCCACUUCAAUUCUACCCUCAUGGCUCUGAUCCGCACUGCCCUGGACAUCAAGAUCGCUAAGGAUGCUGCUCAACUCCCUGAAGUCUAUGCCCCCAACAUCUCUGAGCCAGGGGCCCCUCCCCAUCCUGACCUCAGUGAGGGAGGGUGCCAGGCGCCCUCACCGACUUCCACAGCUGAGCCAGGCUCUUGA